AUGGGACCAAAACAUGUAAAAAAAUAUGUAUCCAAGGGUAAAAUACGAGUGGAUCGAGAACAGCAAACGAAGAACCAGUUCGACCCUCUCCGUUUAGAGGUGAAAUAUCCUGGAACAGCGAUAUUAUUGCUGCAAUGUCAGGAAAAACCUAUUCUGUUAGCUGCAGCGGCAGCUUUGGCAAAAUUUGGUAGCAAAUGUCAGGAGAACCUAGAAGUGUUGUUUGAUCUUGAAAUUGUAGAUAGCGUGAUACUACUGAUUACACAUGAGGACUUAUUUACACGAAGAUUCGCAGCAAAAUUGUUGGCCGAAAUGGUAGCCAUCUCCAACGUCCGUGAUUUCCUGUUGGACGCCGAGUAUUAUAUCCUGCACUUCGUUAAAGUCCUUAUCAACGAACACGAUAUCUUCAUGCAUGAAUUCUCUUCCUUGAUCCUAGCAGAAAUGACUAAAGACAUGUUUGGAGCAGCACAAUUACUAAAACAGUGUCAGGAUAUGAACUUUCUAUUUGAAAGACUUCAAUCACCAGAUCCUGAUGUGAAGAAAAACACCAUGCAAAUUAUAUAUAAUCUGUUACAAGAUCCUGUGGGAGCGAAGGAGAUCAUUGAGACUAAGAAUUUUAACAUGGAACUCGUCUACGAGCUUUUCAACUCCCCAUAUACUGAGAUUCAGAAGCUUGCACUCGAUGUAGUGACCGAUCUAGUACGAAGAAAUAAAGAUGAUUAUCUGCACGAUCAUUUUCGGCGCACGAAUGGACUUGAAGCUUUAUUGAAAUUUUUGGAUAACAUCGAGUGGGAAGAUCUUCAUAUGGAUGCACUCCGGAUCCUACGCUUUGCCUGCGACAAUCCCACUACAGUAGAAUUGUUCGACGACAUCGGCGGUAUCAAACAGAUAUUAAAGUACAUAGAUGACACAUCACACUCAAAGCUUUUUAUGGAAUCUCUGGAUAUAGCUGUCCGUUUAUCACACACGUCUAGGGGCAGAAAAGCCUUAUAUACCUAUGGCAUCGUCGAUUAUUUAUUGCGUACAUUAAUGGGGAACGUACAAGCUAACAUGUAUGAAAUCAGUUGUCAUGGUAUCGGUAUGAUGACUCUGUACAAUCAAGCAGCCAAGGAAUUAACUGCUAGCAAUUGUGUGAAACAUGUUCUAGAUGUAUUAAAGAACGAAAAUUUAAAAUUUUCCGCUAGACAGGCGGCUUUAUUCGCUUUAAAUCAACUGCUGAAGUGCGACGCGAAGAAUUGUGAAGAAUUAUUAGACAUUCACGGACAGAAUUAUUUGUUAUGGCUGUUGAAACAAACAGGGGGAAAAGUCCCUGUUGAAAUUCUGGUUGGAGUUAUAGAAUGCAUCAUUACAAUAGCAAGAAACCAGGUUUUGAGAGAUACUAUAAUUACGGGAGAUAUCAUCGAUACCAUAUGUGCAUCUUUCGAAUUGAGCUGUAUAUCGAUGAAUGAUUUCAAAAUCGCUUGCUGUAAAGCUCUGUCCAUCAUGUGUAUUGAGAAGAUCGGGAAGCAAGAAUUUCUGAAGGCUCAGGGGCCUGAAAGAUUAUAUAAUCUAUUGUGCGACGUUAAAUCGAUCCCCAUAAGGAACGCAGCCGCCCAAUUGAUUCAAUUAUUAUGCGCGGAUCCGACGCAAUUUCAUGGUACGAUUCACGAAAAUGAUAAUUAUAGCAUGCUGAACAACCGAUCGACGGCGCGAGUCGUUCCUUCAUGGGACACAUGCAUAGAAGUCUUGUUUGACGCGCAUUUGCCGAUUAAGUUCGCUUUAACUGGACGACUUUCUCUGCAUGACAUCACACGAGAUGGAUUUUAUAUACUCCGAAGAAACGUCUGCGCUUUUCCCAUAUUGGAUGAUAUUUUCCGAUUCAAGUUCUGCCCCUUGGAACCUAUCUACGUGGUUAAUUGCAUUCGUGAGGAACUACAUGAAUCGAACUUGGAAGAGGGUAAACAAGAGAAUACAUAUACCAUCAAUAAGAGAAACGUUUUCUUGUCCCAGGCAAUAUUACAUUUAACGAUGGAUUCCAAAUUUAGUCGUCUACAGUGCGAUUCGUAUCUCUAUGAUUACAUAGAAUUAUUUAAAUGCAAGUUAAUCGCCGCAGAGUCGAAAAACGUAGUGUCAAAGACGACACAAGGAUUUGUAAAUAUUAACUACGUGGCCUCGCGUGCUAAGAUGCUGGCCAAGUUUGUGGUCCAACAAAUGUCAGGUCCGGAUCCUCUAAUCAGAUGCUUGGAUCACCAGCUAGAAAUUCAUUUGAAGGAAAUCAAAGAAAGUAUAGAAACUAGUGUAAUCCCAUUGGGAAUGUUGAGAGUUGGUUCCUAUCUCGAAAGAGCCUUGCUUUUCAAAGUAAUCGCUGAUAGAGUACAUUUACCAGCAGCUUUGGUACGAGGACAGUAUGGAAAAGCCUGGAUCGAAAUUGCAGUCCCGGAGGUGAGAGUCCCAAUCGAGGAAGAGACUUUUCACUGUUAUCUAAAGAGAGACCUAUCUUGCCCAGAAGUUAUCACAAUCAAUGAACCUCUAAAAGAAUACCCUCAAAAAUACGAAGAUUCAAGUCUUACUCGCGAAGAUCAUUGUUCAUCGAAUUUCCCAACGAAAUUAUUAAAACCGAAUUUUAUCGUUGAUUUGAUGGACUGUCCCGGAGACUUGUUGCCAAUUGGCAGUAAUCGUGCCAGAUUAUACUGUGAAAAAAAAUUAGUCUGCGAUACCGUGUGUUAGAACAUGUGUCACAAUCGUAUCGCAAAAUUUAUUUUAUUCGGAUACAUUAGUUAUAAGAUCUUAAUCUAAUUUUUUUCUCACUUGCACUCUCACUAUCUUUGGACUCUGUAGAAAAUUGGCGGUUUCAAAAACUGCUUAAUAAUAAAACACAAAAAUCUUAUUUACAGCGGUAAUAUACAUUCAUAGGCAGAAA